AUGUCAACAACAGCAAACUGUGUAGUGUCACGCAUCUCUGAAUUUGGGUUUGCGCAUCACUACCGACACCAACACCAAGCCUUCCUCAAGACCACUUCAAAACUUGUGCGUAGCAGCAAAUUUCCCGUCUUAUCGACUAAAUAUACGCCAGCAUCUAUCAUGGGUCGCAUGCACGCUCCCGGAAAGGGCAUUUCGUCCUCUGCCCUCCCCUAUCGUCGCGCUCCCCCGACCUGGCUGAAGACCACACCCGAGGAGGUUGUCGAGCACAUCGUUAAGCUCGCUCGCAAGGGUCUGACGCCCUCCCAAAUUGGUGUUACCCUCCGCGACUCGCACGGCAUCCCACAAGUCCGUUUCCUGACGGGCAACAAGAUUCUGCGUAUCUUGAAGAGCCAGGGUCUUGGUCCCUCUAUUCCUGAGGACCUUUGGCACCUCGUCAAAAAGGCUGUCGCCGUCCGUAAACACCUGGAGGUGAACCGAAAGGACAAGGACUCCAAAUUCCGUCUCAUUCUCAUCGAGUCGAGGAUCCAUCGACUCGCUCGUUACUACAAGACGAAGCAGCAGAUCCCACCGACAUUCAAAUACGACUCGGCUACUGCUAGCACCCUCGUUGCAUGA